CAUCAAUGGGGAGAGAAGUGCCACGGUGCAUAUGGUGCCACUGAGAUCAGCCUGGCCAUUGGGGAUGUCGACGUCAGCGCCGCCGCGGCCGCAAAUCAUGACUGGUCAGUCUCUUCAGAAUCCUGCUCGUUUGCAUGGGCAUGUGUGUGUGUGUGUGCAGGAGGGUCGGAGAAGUGCAUUACGAUGCCUUGUCACGCUUCAGUCGCCUUCGCUGCUGCUGCUGCUUCCCAUUUCGGUCACCCGCAUCGGGCCUUCGCCCCUGUUGCAACGCGCCCCUCCCCCAUGAACCCCCGAGCGACUCUCCCACGGCCUCCGCCUCCAUCGCCGCCGCCCCCUCCCCCACCCCCUGCAGUGGUGCACGUCACCCCUCCAGCACAACACGACCCCGACCAAGGCUGCCCCACCUCUGUCACACAGAUAUACGCAACCAGGGUAUCUCGUCACGUCUCCGGCCCUUCGCAGCCAUCAGCUCCCGCCGCGCAGACCUCUAGUAUGUCUGUGGACUGCGAGCGGACCAAGAAGGACAAGGACGAUGGCAGGGGGCUGGGAGUCUCGGAGAUAUCCACGAGUAUGCGUGGGUCUGAUAGGAGCAGCGCGCCGCCGCCGUAUGUGUCUCUGGAGGGUGCGGGGAGUGGUCCACAUGGUGUUCUUGGGGGUGGCGAUGAGGCGGGUCUGCCGUCGAGGGACGUGGAAGAUCUGAUGGAGAGGUUAAGGGGGCAGGGGCGGGUGGUGUGGACGGAAGAGCUCGUCGGACACCUCGGUAUGUCCGCAUACCACCACUCGGCACAUUGAUCUCUUCCUGCUCUGUUGUGUGCUCAGAGCGGCUGUUCGAGUCAGUGCGAUGCCUCGAGACCGCCUGUGUGGAGGAAAUGAAAGGCACGGACACCAGUGUUGGGCCACUGCAGCAUGCACAACAUUCGCCCUUCUCCCCUUGUGUUGUGCAGGUCGUCAGAAGGCGCAGACUGAGGUGGAGAACCUGACGCGAUCCGUCACCCACCUCAUCGAAGAGAACCAACGUAAUUUACAACGCACGCCCCUGGCCAUCCCUACAUUGGUGCACUAUCCCUUCGUCUGCGUCUCUGUCUCUUCAGAGAUCCGUUUCCUUUACACGAACCUCUACGACCAGUUCCAGUCAAUGGGCGGCAUCUUAUCCAACCUCAGCAGCAACAACAACAACAACAGCAACAACACAUCGUCACCAUCACACCAACAGCAAGACGUCCCCAGACAGCAAGAGCUUGACCAUGGCCAUGACCAUGAUGACGGGGAGCAUCCUGGCGGUCGUGGCUUCCAGUGGUCCCGCAUCUCCCGUGACACCCUCCCCGCCCCUGACAACCCCAUCCCAGCCAUGCCUGACAUCCACGUCAUCACAGAGGCCGCCGUGGAGGAAGAGACACACGAAAUGGCCCAUCGCCCGCCUCAGCAGGAGCCGCCCAUCACUGAUGCCAACAAGACGCCAGUGGUGCCGGUGGGCCGGGCAAUGCCUGAGCCCGACACCAAUGAGGGAGAGGGAGAGGAACAGGGCGAGGGGGAGGGGGCCCCUGGUGGCAAGGAGAUGGGAGGGGAGACAGACAUGGACAGUGGAGUCAGGGCUGCGGUGCAGGCAAGCAAAGGGCGAGUGAAUGGGCGGGCUGGUGUGAGUGUGUGUGUGUGUGUGUCUCUGUGUGUGUGUGUGUGUUUGGCACUGCAGGUGUUGCAGUCUGCUCGGCAGGGUUUGGUCUGGGUGCGCGACAAGGAUGUCAAGGCCUUGGGAGACACGCAGGACCCACCCUUCCCUCUGUGCCUGCUCAUACAAGUCAGUGUGUGGCUGCCAAGAGGCACAUUUUUUUCAUGUCGGUGUGAAUGCCUGUCUGCUCUUCUUAUGUGUGCAGGCGAUAUGUUUGUUGCUCAACAGCCAGAUGAAGGGCCGCCGCGCGAGGCUCCCCAGGAUGCAGCUCACAGACACACCAUUCCACGCCAGAGUCAGCCACCCCACCCCACCCACCUACCGGCACACACAUCAGGCCGAUCCGAUCGAUCCACUCCAUGGCCAUGGUUGUCUGUAGCACGUGUGGCUGAUGCCGUGGGUGCGUGCGUGGAGGCACAUGAUGCAGGCGCGCACCUCGCCCUUCUCUGACACUCUGCUCGCUGUCAAUGCGGUCAGUCAGGAAGGCAGUGACCCAGGAAACACGACACACAUCACACGCAUCCUUUGCUUGAGAUAGUGGAUGUAAUUAUUGUAUGUAUUAUGCAUGCAUGCAGGAUGUGAUUGACACCGCGCUGGCGCAAAAGGUAGACAGGCUGGUCGGCAAGGCCGCCAAACUGUCACAGGCAAGCUGAGCCGAGGCCCUGGGGGUGAAUGGAGAUCGAAUGUUCCUUCAACCACCCAUCGUGUCUCGCCCGCCUCAUCUGUGUCUCUCUCUGUCUGUGCAUUCCUUUUUUUGCAGCAAUGGCGUGACUUGCCCAUAUGUGCCACGCGCCUCGGCAGAUGGGCGCAGUAAGUAGCACGUACAACACUAACCACACAUGUCAGUCAGUCAACACACGAACCUUCUUUGCGUGUGUCUUGCGUGUGUACUCAUACAGGGCCGUGGUUAACUACCGCCUGAGCACCACAGGCGGCAGGGGCCCCCCUGCCCCGCCACCGACGCUCUCUGCUGCGGCUGCCGUCGCACCCGUGCCAUCAGCGGGUGGCCCACUGCUGACCGACCGCCCCACGUCGAGGGCGAGGAGACCACCACCGCUACCACACACGAAGGACACAGCAGCGAGGGGCGUCGGUGUGCCACUGUCGGCACGCUAAAUAGACGGAUAGAUAGAGAUGGAUAGAGUAGAUAGAUGCUAACAUGGCUUAGGCAGGGAGGGGAGGGAUGGGCGGCAGAUCGAUGAGACGAAUGGGAGAGAAAGGGUCCGGGUGUGUGUGGCUAUAUGUAGUGAGUGUGUGUGGCUGGGAUACACACAAUUUGUGUUGACGCAUGCGCAUGGCGCACGGACCUGUGUGUGUGUGUGUGUGUGUGUAUGGGCGUUGAAUUAAUU